AUGAACUACUUGUAUUCUCGUCCUGAAAAUCCUCGUGCUGGUUCAUCUUCUGGAUCUAUGACUGGUGGAUGGCGCAAUGCGGCACUUGCGAGAUUCGCAAAGGUUAGGGACUAUGUUGCGUCGAGUGAGGUACCCAAGUCUGCCUAUGCUGCAGUGUCGAAUCGUGUGGCUGCAUAUAGAACUGGAUUUGAUCCUGUCACUGGAGAGAAGCGUCAGACAUGGGAAGAAUGGGCGAGGGAGAAGCGACAGAGGCGAAGAGAGGAGCAAAGAGGAGCGGAGAAAUUGGCUCUGUUUCCUGGGUGGGCAGUCAGAAGGUAUCCCAAUGAGGGGUCUCUGGUAAGCAUGAAACAUGACGAGGUUCAGCGUUUUGCCGUUGAUGUCUUUGUCUCUGGAUUUGCCUCGAGCCUUCGCACCCCCGACCAAGCAACCCGAUCUCAAAAGGCAUUUAUGAGAUUGGCACGAGGUUUCUCUGCCUUGCCUAGGUUGCCUCCUCCUCCUGAAGAUAUCUUGGGCGGACCUGGCACUGAAAGCCCCCUUGCACAGUCCCCGAACCCGUCCACAGAUGACCUUAACGAGGAACUCGAGCGCAUGGGAAUUAUUCUGCCACCUCGGCCAGAUGAGAUCACUAAAGAAACCGAGGCCAAGGCUCUUGAGUCACGUACGAAGCCAAAGGUCAAGACUACCCAAGACUCCCGGAUCGUGGACUACGGCUCGAACGACGCCUCCAAUCUCUCGACUACAAGCAACCCAACUUUGUCUAUUUCUGGAUUACGCCCUCAAUCCCCGCCUCUUCCGCACCGAUCACCUACUAUUAUUACUCAGACGCCGUCUCCCGGCACGUCUCCCAUCAAGAAUAUUCGCAGCAACACAGUAGGCUCCAUCUCGUCUAUGCUUUCGGUCAAUUCUACCAGGUCAAAUACUGAUGUGGGCUCGAUUCACCCCGACAUGGAUAUUGGAAUUCUGCGUCAACUACAUGCCAAUCUAGAUGAACGUUUACAGCCAUUUUGGUCCAGUAAAUUGGACAACAGAACAGUUCGGAUCAAGUUGUACGCCCAGCCUUAUUCAUCCAGGCGUACCCAGGACUCAACUCCUAUCCAAGUGGUACAUGUCAAGACAACUCCCCAAGGAUACUUUUCGCACAAGUUCAGGCUCACAUUCGAGGAUCUAUGUACACACGAUCAAACACUUGGCUUGGCCUUUGGGGACCAUACAGCAGAUUAUACCUUUCACGCACAUGCCGAACUACUUCCCGCAGUUUACCCCUCCGACUUGAGCACCGCUGGAGCAGAGGCAAGCAGAGAGAUCGAGGUUGGCGAUGCCACUGUUCGAGCAGAGACCGAGUUACCACUUACCGCCGCGCAUGUUCGUCUCAUCUCGGACGUUGACGACACUGUGAAGAUCAGUGAAGUAUUGAUGGGGGUUCGCGCCAUAUUUCACAACGUUUUUGUUAGACACCUUGAGGAACUUGUAGUACCUGGUAUGCCAGAAUGGUUUUCAAUGCUGGAAUCUCGAGGAGUUAGAUUCCAUUAUGUGUCAAACGGGCCAUUUGAGCUGUUGCCAGUGCUCUUGGAGUUUUUUGGAGUUGCAGGUUUACCCAAGGGUUCCGUCAAACUCAAAUCAUACGGAGGGCGAAACUUAUUUCAAGGUCUAUGGGGCGAGUCAGCUGCAGAUCGAAAGCGUGGCAAUGUCAUGGAAAUUCUUGACAACUUCUCUCAGUCUAAGUUUAUACUUGUGGGAGACAGCGGAGAACAAGAUUUAGAACUAUACAGCGCUCUCGCAGAAGAGCGGCCGGACCAGAUCCUAGCUAUUUUUAUACGAGAUGUAACCCCACCCACACCUCCAGCUACUGCACCAUCCUCGCCAACAUUAGGACCGACAGACGACAACAUAAUCAAGAAGAAAGGAUCGACAAGUUCAUUGCGAAGUAUUCGCAGUCUGGCUGGUGGAGGGAAAAUCGCAAAGGAACCACCCGGGAAGAUACAGACCCCAGCACUUAUGAAGAACCCAACCACAAUUAGUCAAAGCUCCCAACCAAGUACACCAAAACGAUCCGGCUCCCGGUCUGUAACUGAUCCCCCAAGGUCUGCUACUAGCCCAACUACUCCUUACCAGGUUUAUACGCGCUCCAGAGGAGCUUCUGGAUCGUACUUCGACUCUCCAACAACACCUACUAGGCCCGUACCUCCAACGCCUCCGCCUUACAUUAGGUCUCCACCAACUAAUCAAGGGAUCGAGUUGGAUCCUGCUGGUGCGCUGGUAUCAGCAGCGGCCACUGCCGGAACAGGACACAGCGCCGAUGCUACAGUGGACACCACUCGCGCUGGAAUUUUGGCGAAGAAAGAGGCUCUGAGAUUGAGGACUGAUGCUGCGAGGCGGAGAAUUCCUAACGGGGUUAUUUUCCGAGUCUUCAAAGAGCCAAGUGAAUGUGAAGAUGAUGCGAACCGGGUCAUUGAUUCGUUGGAGAGCGCUAGCACUUGA